GCUUCCCAUUCAGCAGAAAAUGGCUUUAAUGGACAAAUGGCAGCAAUACUUCUACGCCAUCCCUAAAAAUUGGACCAAAAUUAACCAAAAAUCUCGUGAAACAAUUCGCAGACUAAGUGAACAUUUGGCUCCAUUUCCUGUGUUUGAACCGCCAAAAGAGGAUCAAUUAGUGGCCAAAUGGCAACAAAUUUGUUUAGACAAUGGCUUAUUGGUGUCCGAAACUGUGCUAACUCAUACUUUCUAUCAAUUUGAUUGUCUCAACCAAUUUCGAAAUGUAUUGCAAGCGAUGUGUCAUUUCCUGCCAUUCAUUCCCGAAGACAAAAGGGACGAGUUUUUGAGCGAAUACUUGCAACUCGUGGACGAUCUCUAUAUCGCCAAACAGUUUGACACCAAAGAACUCACUGAUGAGAGUCCUGUUCGACUCAGUUAUGAUAACAUCGUUGUGGUGGCCGUCAAACACAUCUAAUGUGCCAUUUAUUCACAUAUUAUCAUAUAGUUUAGCAAUGCCUUCACUAGUAGCCACAGCCAUACAGAGUACCACCACUUUAUCAUUAUAGAACUUCAC